AAACAGCUGUUCUAAGCAGCGAAUAUAAUUGUUGAUAACGAGGAACAACAGUUGCAAUACGACUGUCAAAAUGCCACAAAUAACGCAGUCUGCCGCAGAAUUUGAUGUGGUCAAGUACUUUCUGCAACUGCUGGAAGAUGACAAGGACAUGUCCUCGGGCAUAGCGGCAAUUAAAACGCUGCUCAUGAUAUUGGAAAAGAAACAAUUUGGCACCAUACACAUUCUGCACACCACAAUGCGCGAAGCAGUGGCAGCCAUGCGGAAUACGGAUUUGUCAAUUGCUGCCAUCGUUUCUGCCGGGGAGUUAUUCUGUCGCUUUAUAACACUGAGCUUGGAUGACAAGCACAUGGAGGAGUGCCGCCAAAUCAUGUUGAAUCGUGGCAAAAUCUUUCUCACCAAGUUGCUCAAUUCACGACAGGUCAUUUCACAGCAGGCACAACGCUUCAUUAGCGAUGGCUGUCGCAUCCUGACACAUUCGCGUUCCCGUGUCGUCCUUAAGGCGCUGAUCGCAGCAUCGCAGAACAAGAAAAGUUUUCACGUGUUUGUGACGCAGGGCGGUACAGGAAACUCUGGUGAGGAGAUGGUGCAGGAAUUGCAGGCGAUGGGCAUUGAUUGCACACUAAUUUUGGACUCGGCCACGGGCUAUGUGAUGGAAUCGGUGGAUUUCGUUAUGGUCGGCGCCGAGGCCGUUGUGGAGAGUGGCGGCAUCAUAAAUCGCAUCGGGUCCUAUACAAUGGGUUUGUGUGCGCGCGAAAUGAAGAAACCGUUCUAUGUGCUCUCCGAGAGCUUCAAGUUCUCUCGCCUCUACCCACUAAAUCAAAGAGAUCUGCCCAAUGAGUACAAGUACUCGCGCAAGCAUUUAAAUGAUGUGUCCAAGGUGCAUCCACUGGUGGACUAUACGCCGCCGGCAUAUAUCACGCUGCUCUUCACCGAUCUGGGCAUAUUGACACCAUCGGCAGUUAGCGACGAAUUAAUCAAACUUUAUAUGUGAAUGGGAAUAAAAAUGCAAAACGAUUGACUGGCUUUGAGAUCUGA